AUGGUGUACGAGUCGCCCCCCCCCCCCCCGCUGCACGGCGCUCUUUGCCAGCGUCUCCGUUCUUCUUGUGUGCCUCUCUCUCUCACCCACUCUCUCUCUCGCCUCGCUCUGUCGCCGCCUCCCCCCCUCCCUCUCCCACCCGUGGUUGUGCACUCGGUAUACGCGGAUGCCCCGGCUCACUGGCGCACCUGCAGUUCUCCACUCGUUGUCGCCCGCUGCGGAGGUGAAGGGCGCACACAUCCCCUCCCCCUUCCUGUCCUCUCUGCGUCUCACAUGCGAAGGCUCUCCGGCUCGUCCACGGCGUCCUCUGCCCACGAAGCAGCUGAUCCCGGGAGCGGCGACGUGGACAUGGCGGGGGUGCAGGUGCUGGAGAGCAGCGUGGAUUUCAUGUCACUUUUCUACUGCCACCUCACUUCUUGUCCGCCGCACGGGCCGUUUGUGUACUACGCCGCCAUGACGCUUGUGAGGCGUGCGAAGCGGCGGUACGGCGCCAGCGGCAGCAACAGCGUCACGGACGCGGACGUCUUCAGCGCCUAUGCGUCGUGGAGCAACGACGCGAUGGGUGCGGACGGCACAGCCGCGGUGCUCCGCGCGCUGACGAUCCCGAAUGUGAUGGCGCUGAUCGAGAAGCGCUAUGACACGACACACUUGUCGAACUGGCCGCUUCUGUACGUGCCGGCAGAGAUACGCAGCGCGGAUGUGGACGCCCUGAUACAGCAGCAGCCGCAGCAGGGGUAG